CCGGGUCCACUGUGAUUGAUUCGAUGGCCUCUCUCUCACUUUCUCUUUUUUCUCUCUUCUUCGUCUCUCCCUCAAAAGACGGGGCAAGCCGGGAUUUUCUGCAGACAACAUUCUUCUCUUUCUUCUCUUGAAAACCUUAGUCAGCUUCAUCUUAUCCUCCACUGAUCGACUUUCCCGCUGCGGCUCAGCGUCAUUUCGCCUUCACCUCUUUUCCCCUCUCUUAACCUAAGUUUCACUGUACGAUUUGUACGAUUUCCUUGUUUUAUUUUUAAGGUCUCUUUUCCCUUUGCCCCAUUUUUAUUUUUUAUUUUAUUUGCUUUAUACAUUUGUUUCCUUUUCAAACGCCAUCUAUCCAGCCUGCAGUGCAUAGGGAUGCGUUUGCUGCACCACCCCAGCCUCCACCUUUCUCACGCUGGACGAUAUUUACGUCCGCUGCUCGCUUCAUUCCUCCUCUAUUCUAAACCGUUUAUCCGUGCAACCGAAAAGCUGGAGCUGCCAUCGAUCUCGCAGGUCCAUACCCGCGGUCCUGCUGACAUCCCCUGGUACAACCAUCACGCGGCAGAACGACCGUUAUUGCCCGGCGACAAACUCCCCGCUCUCAGCCUGCCGACAGCCACCCAGGGCCUCUCCCGGACCGCCUAUCACGAUCCGUCUGUGACCAAUUCCACCAACUCUAGCGCUCGCACGAGUCUGUCUGGUGCCUCCGUGCCUGUCAACGAACCCAGGAGCCCCCCGUCCUCUGCGGACCUGUCUGGGACCCAGGGCCGACUUUCCCUAGAUUCUUCCGCGACUGAAUACAGUCUCCCGCCUUCGGUCAACGAAGGAUACUAUCCUAGCCCGACUUCUCUCGGCAGCAUGAACCAGACCCAGCAGUAUAUGGAUGUCCACUCGCACAUGUCUUCUGCUCAGUCAUACGCUCCUCAAGGCGCAACCGCAGGUGCAAUGUCCCACUAUCAGUACCACGGGCAACCCCCUGUGAUGCAGCCCGCCUCUUCUUACGCCCCGGCUGCUUACCCCCAAUAUGGAUACGCCCCUGGCGUUACCUCACCCCCAACGGGACACCCACCAAGCUCUAUGGGUGGCCAGAUGCCGGCUCAGUUGCUGCCGUUGCCUGGUAAGCUCCAAAGCCAGAACGUGAUCGAUGAUUAUUCUGAUCGUUAUCAAGUGAGCAAUCACAAUGUGGCACCUCCGAGUGGGUAUGGGAACAACACUGGUGCUCCGCUACAAGGGUUCGUCUUUGAUGGUACCGGUCAAGUUGCCCCUCCGGGAGCAAAGCCCCGAGUGACAGCCACAUUAUGGGAAGAUGAGGGGAGCCUCUGCUACCAGGUGGAAGCGAAGGGAGUGUGUGUAGCUCGUCGAGAGGACAACCACAUGAUCAAUGGUACAAAGCUGCUAAAUGUAGCUGGCAUGACCCGUGGUCGACGUGAUGGAAUUCUCAAAAGCGAAAAGCUUCGCCAUGUUGUGAAAAUUGGUCCGAUGCAUUUGAAAGGUGUCUGGAUCCCAUUUGAGCGUGCUCUGGAAUUUGCCAACAAGGAGAAGAUCACCGAUCUCUUGUACCCACUCUUUGUGCAUAAUAUCGGUGGUCUUCUAUACCACCCGGCCAACCAGACUCGGACAAACAUGGUAGUGCAAGAGUCCCAGCAGCGACGUUUGGAAGGCCCUCCUCCGGGUCCCCAGCGCACUCCAUCUGGCUCUCAGCAACCCCCGAUUCACCAUCACCACCCCUCUCUGCAGACGCCCAUGUCUUCUCAUAUGUCCCAAGGCCCAAUGAGUGGCCAGCCUGGCUCCAGACCAGGCCUCGAGCGUGCCAACACCUUUCCCACACCGCCAGCCAGCGCAUCCAGCCUGAUGGGCGUCACCAAUCAAGGCAGUUCAUACGAAUGGGGCGGACAAGUGCCACACACACAGCCCCUGUCCAUUGACACCACAUUGAGCAACCAGCGCUCAAUGCCAACCACCCCCGCAACCACCCCGCCGGGUAACAACAUGCACGGCUUGCCUGCCUACCAAGGCCAGGGAGGCUACGACAGCUCCAAGCCCUACUACUCCGCGGCACCACAAACGCAUGCCCAAUACGCGCCGCACACCCCAUUGACCAAUUCAGGGAUGUCCAGCUACGGCCAACCCUUGCCCGGUGGGUACAUGAAAAGCGAGAUGGCGCCACCAAACCCUCGCCCCGGUGCCUCAGAGCCCGAAACCUCCGAGCGCGACUCAAACCGCUACAGCCAGAGCAAUGGGCCCGGCGAGCCCGUCGCCGAGCACGACCAGGAGUACAUGCAAGACCACAACGCCGGCUACAACUCCAACCGCGGCUCCUACACCUACACCACAAACCCCUCCGUCAGCUCUCUGACCGGCGAGCACUCCCAGCUCACCCCGGAGAUGACCAGCUCCCCGAGCCAGCAAAACGGCUCCGGUCGCAUGACUCCGCGCACGGGCGCCGGCCCGCCUCCCCACUGGGCUUCGGGGUAUAACACCCCUCCUCGUCCCGCUGCCGCCACUACCCUGUACAACGCUGUCAGUGAUACGCGCGGUACCCCGGCCAACGGUGCUUCGGACCCUUACUCCAUGGCCUCGACCACGGCCCCGGUCUACCCGGCUGGAAAUGGCUCGUUGAGUGCGGGCAGCAAGCGCAUGCGCGAGGACGACGAUAUCCGCCCCGAGAGUUCCGCUGAGUACGAGACCUCGAAGCGCCGCAAGACGAUCACCGAUUCUACUCUCGGUGGUCCGGUCGGUGGCCCACCUAUUCUUCAGCCGAUGAAGCCUAGUGGGGUCAUGGCUCGUCAUCGGUGA